AUGCUGGAUUUGAUUAGAGGGAAGAGGCUAGUUUUUGUUGGCGAUUCAAUUAACAGGGAUCGAUGGGAAUCGGUGCUGUGUAUGUUAAUGGGAGCUGUUAAAGAUCCGAAGAAGGUUUACGAGACCCAUGGAAGGAAAAUCACCAUGGAGAAAGGGAAUUAUAGCUUCAAGAUCAACUAUUACCAGGAAGGUAACCAAGUUCAUCCCCAGCUUGAUGUGUCUAUAGCUUUCAGAAGAGCUCCGAUGACUUGGGCAUCGUGGGUUGAUAGACACAUUAAUCCGAGAAAGACUGAAAGUUUUCUUUCGAAGGGCGGAAAAUGGAAUUCGGGUGGGCAUUGCAAGGAAGCUACUCAACCUCUCAAUGAAACUUCAAGUAUGGGCUACCGUGAAAAGAAUUCCGUUGUAGAAGAGAUUAUCGAGCACAAGAAAACUCCAGUAACUUUCUUAAAUAUAACCAUUUUCUCUGGAUUUUGGAUAGAUUGUCAUCCAUCCAUAUAUGCUGGUAAGCGCUCGAGCAUUCAAGAUUGCAGCCACCGGUGUGUUCCUGGUGUUCCAGAUACGUGGAAUGAAUUUUUGCAGGCAUGUAGCGUCUCAGAAACACAGGGAAAUUCUCGUUUUCUUUCUUUUGCGAAGGAGGCUGAGGUGUUUGGUUGA